AUGGCACCCAACCGAUCUCAUCCGAUUCCUAUUCACAGGUUUGUAUCGUUUUUUGUAUUUGUUGUUGGUUUCAAAUCAUUUUCCUUAUCACGAGUUUAACGCCUUUUCUUUAAUAUCCAUCUUUCGAGUGAUACGGUAUUAAAGGCGCAUAGAGUUGUCGCAAUAAUUUCCUGGCAUCUAGCUUGCUCGUCAUAUUGAGGUUAAUUCAUUCAAAAUACGGUUUUGUGAAAAAUCAGAAGAGAACUAUGAGAAUUCCCUGAGUCAAUAUAUAAAAAGUGCAGUGUUUAUCAUUAGAUUUUACCCUCCCCCCUUUCUUUUUUUAAUUCCCUCCCGUCGCACAGUUUCCCGGUCAAUACUGCUUCUAUCGUGAACGUUUCGACAAAGAAGUUCGCGAAAGUUCUGUGCGAACAGCAGUGCUGAAAAAAUGAUUAGUGUUUAGCACUCUAGAAGUCACCAAUUACCCGUAGGUAGUUGGCAAACACAGAGCGAGAAAAAUCUCUUGAGAGAGAGAGAGAAGAGACAAUCCGCUACAUGUAGGUGUCUUUUCUCAAGGACACGCACUGUGCCAUCAUCUCGCCCAAUGCUGCCCUCGGCCACUUGAGCUCCGAUUGAGCCAACCCCGAAAGGUCGCGGUGAUGCUACUGGUUGAUGCAAACAAAAAAUUGAUCAGGGAAUUAGAGAAGGCUACCUGGACGUUCUGAAUUGAAUUAAAGAUGUGUCGCUUCAAAUGAGCAUCGCUCAAAUACAAAAUGAAUGAGCGUUCCGCCGGUCGGUGCAGAACGAUCAAGUUUUCGCGAAAAUUUCAAAGCACUUCAGAGUUGCGUCACUAUUUUCUGAGCUUUUGAGCUUAUUAAUGGAUCAUUAAAUACAACGCCCCCGCAUUUGCAGAUCGGCGUCGCACACGCCGUCGAUGCUUGUGAACGCCAAGAAGUACCUUUCCGAUCGGCCACAGCUUCUCGAUUGUCCACGAUGCAAGGUAACCCUUUUUCUUCAACUAUAUUAUGAUUUUUGAAAACAACAAACUUCAGAAUCAUGGCGAAACGGAGCUUCGUUUCGUGAACGGCUUCUUCACCUACGUCUCGUUCUUCGUCAUCCUCAUCUUCGGUUUCGCCAUUCUUCCGCUCUUCUUCCUCUGGGUUCCGUUCUGCGUCGAGACGUUCAAGGACGCCGAGCACUAUUGUCCGUCGUGCCGCGCCUGGAUCGGAACCUACAGACGCCUCGGAAAAUCCACCUAG